CCACCCCAGCCCACCCUUCGCUUUCCUCUAGGUCCUCUCUUAGCUCCCCGCCCCUCCUCAUUCCCUCUGCUCCUCACCUUUCUCCCAGUUGAUCCUUGGCCACCACCACCUUCUGCCCACAUGGCUACAAUCCUCCUCAGAAUGGCCCUUGGUGCAGCAGGUGCAGUGGGCUCUGGGCCCGGGCCCCACGGGGGCACUGGAUGACUCCCCUGUUGCAGGACCCUGCCAUCUAUGACUCCAGGCCUUCAGCACCCACACCCACCCACCGUGGUACAGCGUCCCGGGAUGCCGUCUGGAGCCCGGAUGCCCCACCAGGGGGCGCCCAUGGGCCCCCCGGGCUCACCGUACAUGGGCAGCCCCGCCGUGCGACCCGGCCUGGCCCCCGCGGGCAUGGAGCCCGCCCGCAAGCGAGCAGCGCCCCCGCCCGGGCAGAGCCAGGCCCAGAGCCAAGGCCAACCGGUGCCCACCGCCCCCGCGCGGAGUCGCAGUGCCAAAAGGAGGAAGAUGGCUGACAAAAUCCUCCCUCAAAGGAUUCGGGAGCUGGUCCCCGAGUCCCAGGCUUACAUGGACCUCCUAGCGUUCGAGAGGAAACUGGAUCAAACCAUCAUGCGGAAGCGGGUGGACAUCCAAGAGGCUCUGAAGAGGCCCAUGAAGCAAAAGCGGAAGCUGCGCCUCUAUAUCUCCAACACGUUUAACCCUGCAAAGCCCGAUGCGGAGGAUUCCGACGGCAGCAUUGCCUCCUGGGAGCUGCGGGUAGAGGGGAAGCUCCUGGAUGAUGUACGUCCUGGCCCAGGUCUCUCCAGGUGUCCUGGGCCCAGCAAACAGAAGCGGAAGUUCUCUUCCUUCUUCAAGAGUUUGGUCAUUGAGUUGGACAAAGACCUUUACGGUCCCGACAACCAUCUGGUAGAGUGGCAUCGGACACCCACAACUCAGGAGACAGAUGGGUUCCAGGUGAAGAGGCCAGGGGACCUGAGUGUGCGCUGCACCCUGCUCCUCAUGCUGGACUACCAGCCUCCCCAGUUCAAACUGGACCCCCGCCUGGCCCGGCUGCUGGGGCUGCACACGCAGAGCCGCUCGGCCAUCGUCCAGGCCCUGUGGCAGUAUGUGAAGACCAACAGGCUGCAGGACUCCCACGACAAGGAAUACAUCAACGGGGACAAGUAUUUCCAGCAGAUUUUUGACUGUCCCCGGCUGAAGUUUUCCGAGAUUCCCCAGCGCCUCACAGCCCUGCUACUGCCCCCUGACCCGAUCGUCAUCAACCAUGUCAUCAGUGUGGACCCAUCGGACCAGAAGAAGACGGCAUGCUACGACAUUGACGUGGAGGUGGAGGAGCCGCUGAAGGGGCAGAUGAGCAGCUUCCUCCUGUCCACGGCCAACCAGCAGGAGAUCAGUGCUCUGGACAGUAAGAUCCACGAGACGAUUGAGUCCAUAAACCAGCUCAAGAUCCAGAGGGACUUCAUGCUAAGCUUCUCCAGAGACCCCAAAGGCUACGUCCAAGACCUGCUGCGCUCCCAGAGCCGGGACCUCAAGGUGAUGACAGAUGUGGCCGGGAACCCCGAAGAGGAGCGCCGCGCCGAGUUCUACCACCAACCCUGGUCCCAGGAGGCCGUCAGCCGCUACUUCUACUGCAAGAUCCAGCAGCGCAGGCAGGAGCUGGAGCAGUCGCUGGUUGUGCGCAACACCUAGGAGCUCGUGGACGAGCAGCGCUGUGGACCUGCCGGCUGCCCACGCCCCCAGCACUUGGCCCUGGGCUCUGGCGUCGCUCCUCUGCCGCCUCGUUGGGGGGUGGGGGUUGGGGGGACUGGAUUAAAGGUCAUUCAUCUGACAGCA